AUGAAAAGAUUUUUUUCCGCCCUUUUAGGGUCAGGAAUUUCAGCCAAUUAUGACAAUGUUAACCCCAUAUUUACCAUUGGAUAUUGGAAAGUCCAUUCAGCUGUCAACAAAACAACACAUGAUCGCGUUUCUCUUUGGUUGAUUGAUCAAGAGAAAAUCACUGCAGAGAUCCAAGAUCAAGCAGUAAGAGACAAAUACUUAUCUGGAUCGCUUGCUGGUAUUCAAAAGUUAAGAAAACUUCGACAUCCUCAUCUUUUGAAGAUUCUUGAAGUUCAAGAGUCGACUUCUAGUUUAGGAUUCGCUUCAGAACCAAUUUCGUCAAGCUUACAGACAUUAAUAGGAAGUCUUAAUGGCGAUGAUGCCUCUUAUAUUUGCUUCCAACUUGCAGAUGCAAUGCAAUUUUUACAUAAUAACGCAAAAAUGGCUCAUUUAGGCAUUUCCCCAGAAGCAAUCUUUUUGGAUGAGAAUUUGUCGGUUAAACUUUUCAAUUUUGAUUGGUCAGUUCCUAUAAAUGGAACAAAAGAUAUUAAUUUACCAUUCACGCAAUAUUUUACAGAAAUCACAUACCCACCACUUCCUUACUCAUCACCAGAAGUUGUCCAAUGCCGUCAAUCUACUUGCCUUGCUGAUGUUUUUUCAUUUGCUUUAGUUUUCUACGAAUGUAUCUCUGGAAAACCACUCCUACUCUGCAAGGAUAAGAGAGAAUACGAUAUUGGACGUAAUCCUAUACUAUCUAUUUCAGGAAUUGGCACGAAUUACAUGAAUUUGUUCAGAGGUUGCUUAAAUAUCGACGCAAGUACUCGUCCUGACUUCACAAACAUUUUAGAAAGUGAAGCCUUCGCAACAAUGCAAAUGAAAAUCUUACGUUACUUAGAUAUGAUAAUUGCAAAAGAUCCAAAGGAUAAAUUCGUAUUUUUCAAGAAUCUCGCGAAGACAAUCGAUCAGUUUUCACCAAUGAUGAACCGUUGCAGAAUAUUACCAUUACUUAUCUCUGAGUCAAAGGCAGAUAUCAGAUUUGCUCCCGUUCUCCUUGGCUCUAUCUUCAAUGCUUCGGCAAAGUUUACAGUAUCAGAGUUUACAGAUUCAGUAUUUAAGCAGAUUGCCUUCUUAAUGAAGGUUACAGACCCGCCUCAAGUUUCGAUCGCAUUAUUACAAAAUUUACCACUAAUUCUCGAUAAGACAGACUCAAAAUUGCAUGCAGAAAAUGUUUAUCCAAUCAUAUUUAACGCUUUACAGUCAAAUAAUGACGUUUUACAGAAAGAAUGCCUCAAAAAACUUCCUCUUGUUGUUGAGAAAAUGAACGAGACAUCCAUACAAACAGGCCUUCUUCCUAAGCUUGUCGAACUCAUUACUGCUGUCCAGGAGCCAGCCAUUGUCUCUUCUGCAAUAAAUUGCAUUACCAUCUGUCUUGGAAAAAGUGACAAUGAGAACUUCCUCCGAACUCAACUUACAAAAGUCUAUGAAGCAUGGCGUAAACACCAGAGCGCAUCGGUUGCUUCAGCUAUAUGCGCUAUGAUAGAGAAGGUCAAAGCAUCCCACAAGACAAUGAUGAACAGAGCAGUGCCAUUUGCAGCAGAUGUGAUUUCAAACUCGGCUACAGAGGCCUACGUGCAGAAGAGAUUAUGCAAUUGGAUGCUUAGCACCAUCAAUGCAUACAAACAAGCAGGAAAACUCGAUGAAGCCCAAGAACCUGAACAAAUUGCAUUAGAUAACUUGGCCGCAAAGACAUCUACGCCUAGCAAGUUUGAGGAUUACUCAAAGAACUCCGCUAACUCCUUGGCAUCCUUCAAUUUCGGAUUCGAUUCCACUCCUUCGGCCACUCCUCAAAAUUCUCAGCCAAAGAACGAUAAUUUAUCAUUCAAUACUGAUUUCUCAUCUCCACAGCCUAAGAAGAACACGGCAGACUUCGGAACACCACAGACGAAGCAGAGCUCCAACGCAGGAUUCCCAUCUCCUCAGCCGUCAACGAAACAAAACACUACAGAUUUCGGAGCAUUCAAUGCUCAACCGAAAUCAUUCAAUCAGCAGCCAAAGAAUGAUUUCAAUGCUUUUAACCAGCAGCCGAAGAAUGAUUUCGCUGUUUUCAAUCAGCAGCCGAAGAAUGACUUCAAUGCUUUUAACCAACAACCAAAGAAUGACUUCAACGCGUUCAAUCAGCAACAGAAGAAUGAUUUUCAACCAUUUGGCCAACAAUCUCCUCAACAACAAAUGAACAGACCAAUGAGGACUGUUCCUCAAGGAAAUGGAAUGCAAUUGUCCCCACAAGGUCCUCCAAGAAAUCAACCACAGAGUUCUAGUAAUAAUAACACUUUUAAUUUAUUUUAA